AUUUAACCCUUCUGUUCUUCACUCAAAACCUUCCUUUUCGACUUUUUGGAAAGGAAAGAAAAAGGUGCAGUUGUUUCUUAAAUUUCUUCGGAUCUGUAUUUGCUGUUGAUUUAUUGUUGGCAAUAGCACAAAGGCUAACAUGCACGAGUGUAUGUAAAACAGACUGAAUGUAAGAAAGGAAACCGAAAGCCAAAGAAUAAGGGACUAUCAAAAAAUUACUAUUUUUGAAGACCCGUUCAUACUAGCUCACACAUUUCCAUUAAAAGCGAAAGGCACUUUCGAGAUGACCUCUUGGUUUUUAUUGCCGUAGAAAAGUAACAAUCACUGUAAUCUGCACAACAUUGGGAUGGAAGGAUUCCUAAAAGCAGUGAUUGUGUUUCAGCUAAUACCACAUUAUGCAAGAGACAGCGAGAAAGUGACCGUCCAAAACUACGUAACAGAGAGGAUUAGAUCCCGGGCCUGCCGGGACCGCAGCUCCGCCGAUGGAGCUCAGUUCAGGUGAAGGAUGUCAAGGGGACCAGGGAUCCCCACUCCAGAGAGACCAUGGGCAUGGCUCACAAGACAACAGGGACCCCGUGGAGGUGACUGCUGUGGUGGGCACUAUGACCAAGAAGCCCAGGACACGGGCUCAACAGCAGCAGGCUGAAGAAAGGUUCCCCAGGAGUGAUCAGGAUAUGAAGAAGAAAAACAGGAGGAGAGGUAACAGGAGAAAAACUAAAAAUCAAGGGGGUUUUAAAGGCGGAGAUGGAGAGAAUGUGCUGGAAAAGGGUAAGGUGGAUGAGAUGGAGACACCAAUGAACGAGGUGCUUCAAACCUCAGAAACACAGGCACCAGAUCAACACCAGGUCCAGUCCCCAAACCCACCUCAACAGCCCCGCCCCCCUGACCCACCUCACCCAGACCAGCCCAAGCAGCCGACACAUUAUGCAGUACCAGUACAUGUCAAGCAAGCUAAGAAGGUCCAAGCUCACACUCAAACAAGGAAGUCUAAAGGCAAAAACAGGGCAACACAAACCCCAAGAGUUGUACUGACCACACAACAGACACAGACAGAACCUUCUGAUUCCACUCAGCCAAUGGCAGAAGACCACACUGAUUCCAGUCAGCCAACUGCAGAAGACCACACUGAUUCCAGUCAGGCAAUGGCAGACGACCACAAUGAUUCAAGUCAGCCAAUGGCAAAAGAUUGCCCUGAUUCCACUCAGCCAAUGGCAGAAGACCACACUGUUUGCUUUAAGCCAACUGCAGAAGACCACACUGAUUCCAGUCAGCCAACUGCAGGAGACCACACUGAUUCCAGUCAGGCAAAUGCAGACGACCACAAUGAUUCCAGUCAGCCAAUGGCAGAAGAUUGCCCUGAUUCCAGUCAGCCAAUGGGAGAUGACAGCACCCACACAGCUGUGUUACUACAAAAUAACAUUCCUGGUUCAACUCCGUUAACAAAUGAGCAAAUACGGAUCAGUGAUGGAGUGGUAAAUGAAGGAGCAGCAUUGGAACCCCGUGAGGAGAUGAAGAACAAGGCAGAAUCAAGAAAAGGGGUAGCUCCUUCAGGAGAAAACCAAAGGAAUCCCACAGGAGACACCCCGGCAGUGAAGGGAGUUGAACCGGGAACCAAGUCUUAUGCUGAAGUAGCAGCAGAAAAUAAAAGGAAGACCCAGAAGAGGUCGAAGGAGCUGGAUCCUCAGACUACAGAUAAAAAGGAAACUACAGGAAGUCGAGAACGGUUCCCCAUUAGGUGUCCUCCUGCAGUUCCAAUGUUCACCUUUCAUAUCUACGCUGUGUUGGACAAGAAGUUUAGGUUCAACCAAGAACAUGACACAUUGCUUCUCUAUUGUGGAAAUGAAGUUUUCCCCUUGACCAUUGAUUAUUUCAUCGGCAAACCUCAGCAGGGAGGCUAUCUAGUAGAAGCAAGUCUCUCUGUGGAGGAACAUCACAUUGUCCCUGGCCAAAUAAUGUGCUAUCAUUAUGGUGUCAGUCAAAGGCAGAAAUAUAUUAUUGAGAUAGCCAAAAGGAAUACAAAAAUUCCCUGUGAUCAAGGAGUAAAAGAGUUGCAUCUUUAUGAAGGUCACAUAAAUAAGAUGGAAGGGUGGAAUGUCACCAACUGGCUCAAAAGUUGGACAAAAUCAAAGGGGACGGAACUUUCCAAUGCCUGGAAAAGAUCUGCUGAAGUGUUGCUGGACAGAGUCUUUGACAAGUUUCCUCUAUCCUACCAGGAGGGCAGUAUAAUUGAGAGCUUAAAACAUCUUCAUGAAAGUUUCGACUCAGCUGUCCACAGGGUGUUGUACCCAUACAACUCAACACCCCCACAGAUAAAGAUCUCAGAAUUGAUUUCUGAGCGUUUGCUGCUGAUCUUGCGUUCCGAGGGAGCAUCACAAAAGAGUAGGAUUUCGAGCAACCCUCUCCUGCUAGGUUUGUCUGUGUUCAGGGUCUGCAUAGCUUGUGGAAUAGAUCUUGGAGUAAAAGGCUGGGCAGAGCUUUGUCAUCUGGUGUCCUCAAGCACUGCCUUGGGCAAGAAAAACAUUGAGGGAUUGCAGAAUGAUCUCCCAACAUCACAAUUUACCGUGGUUGGACUGAUUAACCACCUUGCGAAGAAGACCAUCUUAGAACUUCCUUUACUCAUUCCUCUACUGCACAUGCUCAGACAACCAGGAGCAGAAUCUUGCAGACUUGGUCCUACAGUAGAGGAGGGGAAUUGGGCAGGACUGGACAAGGUCCAGUUCAAAACCUUCAGAGAUAAUAUUAGAAAUGUUCCUGACAAAAGAAGGAUGAUGCUAACUUUGGUCCAGAACCACGCGUCUGUGGGUAAAGAGAUGCCUCUGGUUUGGACCAGCUGGUUGUGCCUGGUGGCAUUUGAGGACAUUUUAGAAUUCUCCACACUGACUGAUGCUUUUCCAGAACAUCUCAUCCAGAGCCUACUAUACAGGCUUCAACAGCUUCAGGAGAAUAUGGAGAACAGCAGAGCAAAACAGAAUGCAGAGGCUACUGAAAACAUCCUGUGUUAUGUACUAAAGAAAGUUGAGGAACAGAAGGAAAGGCUGGCAGAGUCUGGGGUUGUGAAGUCAGUCUUUGGGAGUUGCAUCAGCGUUUUGCAAAAUACUUGCAAAUUGAUGAAACUGGUGCCAUUCUACAAGGCAGUAGUCUUGUCCCUCCAACUAGUGCUGAAAGUGGCCGAAAUUCCUGCUGCACUUCCAAAGGAGGAUGUUGUGGAUGAAGAGUCAGAAGAAUCCCAGGUCACUGACAUGCUGGGGAAUUUGCAGAGACAACAUCUCAUCCCGUGGAGAGACAACUUACUCCACAAUCCCAUUCUGAAAGAGUGUAAAUCCCUCAGCUACCCCAAAGAAAUAGAGAUGUGGGAUGCCUUCUUCAAGGUAGAAUACCCCCUGCAGACCGUGUCAAGCCAGUGGAGAGCCAGUCUGGAGAAAGACCUGAGGAAGAGGAUCUCUAGGGCCAGUGUUGUGGAACGGGUAGUGUUGUGCUGCCUGGAUACAUCGGUGAAGGCUAUCGAGAACAGUCAUGACACCAUACAGACCUGCUUCCGGGAUUUGUGUCACUCUGCUGUCAAGACCAUCUGUCAGGAAGGUAAAGAGAGGGCCCUGCUGCAGACGCUGUCCCCUCUGUGUAAUCCACUCCCUUCCUGGAUUCUCUCCUCCAUUGUCCUUGGAUCAGCAGAGCGGUUCGGGAACAAUCCCGUCAGUCAGUUGCUGGACCCAGAGUCUGCUGUCCAUCACCUCCUGACUCAGGGGGACUGGAAGGCCAUCCAGGUGGAUGCUGAGGCUGCCGAGGUGCUGGGAAGCUGUCAGAGGGCCCUGGCCUCCCUGGUAGAGGCUCUGUGUCUGGGCCAUGUAGCUGUAGGACACCUAGAGACCAUUCUGAAACACAGAGAGAAGUUCCAGAAGAUCUACCUCCAGUAUAGGAGGAAUGCUAAGACAAACGCCGUCCCUGCUAAUGCCGAGGUGAUCCUGGCUCAAAGAGAAAAAGACCUCCAGGCCUUUAAACAGCAAUGGGAACAAGUGGACACACUCAUCAAGAUGAUGGGCAAGGUCUCCGACAUGAUCACAGCUCCAGAGAUCCCCAGUCUGAAGGAGCAACACAGAGCUGACCUCCAGUCAGUGAGCCUGAGUAAACUGGUGGAGGUCCAGCCCUGCAGUUUGGUGCAAGAGGAGGAGCAGCCGGCAUCCCCGGGGUUGGGCUGGUGGUACACAACCAGCCGUGUGGUUCUGGACAUGGCCAGGGAGAUGCACGAGACGCGUGGUAGUAACCUGCUGCUUCGCUCCUGGGUGGACCGGUGCUUAGAGGUCGCCAAUGACGACCUUACCAGACCCAUUCCCAUACCAAUGACCCUCACACAGGUCUAUGACAUCAUCUGGAAGCCCCAGCUGAGCCGCUUCCUCCAGCUCGGAUUUAGGAUCGCUUUGGAGUCCGCCACCUUCGCGCAGAUCGACCAGGCCCUAGAGGCCUCAGGGGACGUGGGCGACGGGGCGCAGAUGAGGAAGGAGCUGUGGCUGAUGUCCAGCAGGCUGCUGGGGCACACGGAACUGGAGCCAGACUGGGUGGAGGUCAGAUUGGGGCAGAUUCAGGAGUAUCGGCAGCUCCAUCAGGCUGCUGUGUUGGCUUGUGUAGUCCUGAGGAUCGCUGAGAGGAUGGAGCUCGGCGGAGACUUCAGUGAGAUUCACAGUCUCACCCAGCUGGAGGAUGGCUCAUUCAAACAAAGGGCUCUGCGGUCUCUGAGCGAUGACCUCAUCCAGGCCAAGCAGAAGCUUUCCUCAGUCACCCUGCAAGAGACCAAGUGUCUGGAGGCGUUCCUGGAGAGCCAGGCUCUGGUCAGCUGGGUCCAGAAACAUCUCCAGAACAUGAGUGACGUGAAGGUUUUUGUGGAAUUGGCCUCCAUCUCAGCUGGAGAGAACGACACAGAGAUUGACCAAGUGGCCUGUUUCCACGAUGCAGUGAUGGGCUACGGCCCCUUUCUCUACUGCCUGCCCCCCCGUGCAGGCUUUAAGGAGUUCAUGACCUCGGCCAGGCAGGUGUGGGAAACCCUACAAAGAGACCAAAGGCUCCCUGACAAAUUGAGGGACUCGUGUCGUUUGCUGGCCUGGCUGAAGGGAUUGAGGGAAACCCAUGGGUCUGUUGAGCAGUCCUCUCUCUCCCUGGCAUCAGCUAUUAAUGCCCAGGGGGUGUACCUUGUUGGCUGGCCGGAGGCACACACAGACAGGCAGAGGUGCCUGCAGAGCCUGCUGGUUGUCAUUGUGAGGAAGGACAAUGAGGUGAAGAGCUACAGCCUGGACAAUCUAGUGGAGCUGCAAAACAAGCUGAUGUUAAUGUCAUCCAAAGGACAGCAUGGCAAGGAGCAAGUCAACAGGUUCACCCAGGUUUUUGAGGGAGUUCAGAGGCUGGGUCAUAUCCUUCUCCAAAUGCAAUCUUCUGGCAACAUGCUUUUCCGACAGUGGAAGGCACAGGUCCAGUGUAGCCGGGAGAAACAGCCGUGCAUCCAGCUCAGCUUCUCAUCCCUGCGGGGUAAAGAGAUUCAGUACAGCGGUGAGGUGACGGAAGAGCUCCAAUCCCUGUGUCGGUCCAUGGAGACCUGCCACAUGGAAUGGUGUGCCUUAAUCGGCGAGAAACGUUCCCAGUUCCAUACGUUGAACCACUACACAUCUGAGCAGAUGGUUUACCUGUGUAAGUGGAUCUACAGCAUCUGCGUGAGGAGAACCAGGGUUCCUCAGCAGGUGUGGCAUCUUCUGUCACCCAUCAAUGCGGGUUGCACCUUGAAAGAUAUGAAAGAGGCCUUUGUCCUGGUUACAGAAAAGUUGACAGAAACACAGUCUGGUUUGCCAUUAUUGUGGAAUGAUGAUGGUGAUUGUGUUGAUGAUGAAUAUGUUUCUGAACAGUCUGAGGACUUCAGAUCAACUGGACAGAACACUGACAAAAGACUGGGGUACAAUUACAAAUCUACUGAGAGCCAUUUUGAAGAAGUGGGGGAUAUGAUUGAGUUCUCAGAUACUGAGGAUGAAGAGGAGACAGAAGACAUCUCACCCAUGGCUCAAAGGGAGAAUGAGGAUAAUCUGGAUGAUCUAUGGAGGCGUUUUAAGGAGAACAUGCCAAGGUAUCUCACAGAGCAUAUUGACAUUGCUACUCUGGCUCGCUUCCUGUCCUGCCUCUCUGAAAUGAACCGGCUGUGGGUCAAGAGGAAGUUGCCUCGGGCACUCCAAGAAGGGAAGCCUAACCUCAUCCUCUGUUCAGCCACCGAGGUCCUGAGCACCACUCUGUCCUUCUACAUGGAGAGCCCCGAGCAGCCUCUGCCAUCUACAGAUGAAAUUCUGGUCUGCCGUGAGAACACCUCAGAAGAACAAGUGGAGAUUUUCCUCCGUCGAGCCCUGGGCCAGGGCGACGGUGCCGUAGGGAGCCAGCAACGGAUCUACACCUUGGUCAACCCGGGCCUAUUGGGUUACGAUGUAAGUGUGGGCCUUGGGGAGCUCUUUGAGGAGCUGGAGAGAACCACAGGACCCAAUUACCGCCUGGUAUUGGUCAGCCCCGUGACGCACCAGCACAGAUACGUGCCAUCUUUCUUCAGCAUCCACAAGAUACAGGCAAGAGUGGACAUCACAGCCGAGCGUGCCCGAAGAUAUCUCCACCACCACUUCACUGUACCAUCCCACAGUUCUGUCUCAGGGACCUAUCCAGACAAACUGUCUGUCUGGGUUGUGUCAUCUGCUCGCCCCGCAGUAGGGAAAUCCCUUUAUGUGGAAAGACUAUUUGAGAAGUUUCAGCAGACCUCUCCCAGGGCCCAGUAUGUUAGGAUCCGACUGAUAGAGCCACAUGUUGACCUGGACUCAUUCAUCCGGACCCUGUCUGAUAGACUGGCCUUGUCUGGAGAACUGGACCCUGUGCUGCUUCACGUCGACACUGCUGCAGUUAAUGCUGGUCUGGAAGAGUUCCUGUUCCAUUUCCUGGUUCUAGGAUGUUUAAGUGACAACAAGGGAAUGUUGUGGAGGAGAAGUUUAGCCCAUCUGAUGGUGAUUGAGGUUCUGAGUCCUCGCCUAACCUUUCAGAACCAAACACACACUAAGGAGAUAAGAGUUGGGCUUCUUGAUAUCCUGCCUACCAUCCAAUGCAGACCACCGAAGGAGGUGAAGCAGUUGUUGUUAAAUAGUCGCCAUACUCAGACCAGGACAUCCUUGGACCCACUGAUGGACCAAAAGGAGUUUGCCAGUGAAGGGAUUCAGAGACCCUAUCAGUUCCUGAGACGUUUCAACAGAAAUGAGAACCUGGAUCCAUUUUAUUACCGGGAAGGAUCCACAGAGGGAGAUCCUAUUGACUGUCUCCACCACCUUCUGGAAAACUGUGGAUUAAAAGAUCCAUCAUGGGCUGAACUCAAGAACUUUACCUGGUUCCUUAAUCUGCAAUUGAAAGACUGUGAGAAGUCGGUUUUCUGUGACCCAGACUUCCUUGCUGAUCACCUACGUGGCUUCAAAGGCUUCAUUGUAAAGUUCAUGAUAAGGAUGGCACAAGAUUUCGCAUCACCAUCUAUUGACUCUUCUGACCAGAGUCUCUCACUUCUCCAUCAGGAUGAUCAAGAGGAUGACCUUCUGGCCCGUUUGACCAUUCGCAAGCGUUGGGAAAGCGAGUCUCAUCCAUAUAUUUUCUUCAAUGCAGAUCGCUUCUCUAUGUCAUUCCUGGGAUUUCAUGUGAUGCAAAGCCCUCGUGGUAAAACUCUCAAUGCAGUUGAUCCUCAGAGCCACAAGGUGCUGAUGGAAGACGUGAUGACUCAUGAACUUCAACAGGGUCUUGAGCGGCAAGGGAUCUCACUCACUGAAGACUUUGACGGUUUGCCAAGAGAAGACAAGAUCAAGAGAAUUUCAUGUGUUGUUGGUGCCAGGAAGGGAAUGAUGAGAGGGGCAUUUGAUCCAGACCCAACCUACGAGCUCACAGCUGAUAAUGUAACAAAGAUGCUAGCAAUUCACAUGAGGUUCCGUUGUGGAAUCCCCGUCAUCAUCAUGGGAGAGACCGGAUGUGGGAAGACCCGAUUGGUCCGUUUUCUCUGUGAUCUCCAAAGGGAAGGUCGUAAUGUGGAAAAUAUGAAGCUGGUAAAAGUGCAUGGAGGAACCACAGCUGAGAUGAUUUACAGGAAGGUGAAGGAGGCAGAGAGACAGGCAGAGAUUAACCUGGCAGCACACAAACUGGACACCGUUUUAUUUUUUGAUGAAGCCAAUACCACAGAAAGCAUUUUUGCUGUUAAAGAAAUUCUAUGUGACAGGACUGUGCAGGGAUGUCCCUUGAAGGCAAACACUGGCCUGAAGAUAAUUGCUGCCUGCAACCCAUAUCGGAGACACUCUUGUGAAAUGGUGAAACGCUUGGAACGUGCCGGGUUGGGAUACAGAGUGAAGGCCGGGGAAACCGAGGACCGACUUGGAAAAGUCCCUUUGAGGCAGCUGGUGUACCGAGUCCAUCCACUGCCUCCUAGCAUGGCACCGUUGGUCUGGGACUUUGGGCAGUUGAGCAAUUCCACUGAACUUUCUUACAUCAGACAGAUAGUCUGGAAGAAAUCCAAGGAUCACAAUUUGCCUAUGGAGUGUGUUCAUGUCAUAUCAGGUGUGCUGGCAGCCUCUCAAAGUUACAUGCGUAGUCGAAAGAACGAGUGCAGUUUUGUGAGUCUGAGAGAUGUGGAGAGGUCCAUGAAGGUGCUGGUGUGGUUUUACCAACACAGUGAUGACCUGUUCCCAGCUUCUCCUGAACUUACCUGCAUUCAGAUGACUUUGAAGUGCUUGGCUCUUGCAGCGGGCGUGUGUUACUACCCAUCUCUAGUUUCAAAGAAGCAGUACCUGUCAGCUAUCAGUCAACACUUUCCAGAGCCGUUGAACAACCCAGAAUCUCUGAUGCAGGAGAUUUCAGCAUGCCAAGACUUCUUUCUUCAAAACAUAAAGACGAGAGAGACUGUGGCCAAGAACAUAGCACUUAAAGAGAAUGUGUUCCUCAUGGUUGUCUGCAUUGAGCUCAGGAUCCCACUCUUUCUGGUUGGAAAGCCUGGGAGCUCGAAGUCCCUAGCCAAGACUGUGGUUGCCGAUGCUAUGCAGGGUCAAGCAUCCCACUGUCCACUCUUCAAAAAGCUCAAGCAGGUGCACAUGGUGUCCUUCCAGUGCAGUCCCCACUCCAGUCCUGAGGGCAUCAUCGGAACAUUCAGAAAUUGUGCUCGAUUUCAGAAAGACAAAAACAUGGAUGAGUAUGUGUCAGUUGUGGUGCUGGAUGAGAUCGGGCUAGCAGAAGACUCCCCACAGAUGCCCUUGAAGACCCUUCACCCCCUCUUGGAAGAUGGCUGCAUUGACAAUGAAAGGCCAGACCCACACAUGAAGGUUGGGUUUGUUGGGAUCUCUAACUGGGCUCUGGACCCGGCAAAAAUGAACAGGGGGAUCUUUGUGUCUCGGUGGGAUCCGACUGAAAGUGAGCUGGUGGAAACAGCCAUCGGAAUCUGCUCAUCCUCCUUACCUAUUCUCCUGAAAAUCAAACACCUCUUCCCGCCUUUAGCAAAGGCCUUUUUGAGGAUUUGUAAAGAGACAGCAAAGAACCAGUUCUUCGGUCUCAGAGACUAUUACAGUCUGGUGAAAAUGCUUUUUGCCACAGUCAGGCAGUUCGAACAAGAGCCAAAUGACAGCCAGCUGGCAGAGGCCAUCUUGCGGAACUUCAGUGGACAACCUGAAGGUUUUGACCCUGUCAUUUUCUUCCGAGAUGUCUUCCAAAAUCUUAAAGAAGUUCCCAGACCAAGCACUUUGCAGAUGGUUGAACGAAAUCUUGACAAAGGCAACCAACAGGAAAGCCGGUAUCUCCUCCUCCUCACCACCAACAAUGCAGCUCUCCAUAUUCUUCAAAAAGGAGUAUUUGCCAAAGUAAAUAAUGCAUCCCCUGAGAUUGUUUUUGGCUCAGGAUUUCCAAAGGACCAAGAGUAUGCUCAAAUCUGCCGCAAUGUGAACCGGGUAAAGACCUGCAUGGAGACAGGUCAUACUGUGAUCCUCUUGAACCUGCAGAAUCUCUAUGAGAGCUUGUAUGAUGCCUUGAACCAAUACUAUGUUUAUCUAAGUGGGCAGCAGUAUGUGGAUCUGGGGCUGGGAUCCCACAGAGUGAAGUGUCGUGUCCACAGGGACUUCAGGUUGGUGGUAAUAGAGGACCAAACAAAAGUCUACACUCAGUUCCCAGUGCCACUCAUCAACAGGCUGGAGAAGCACAAGGUGGACAGAAGCACAGACCUUACACCCUGGCAGAACAGGGUCCUGGCCAAACUAAAGCUGUGGGUGCAGGAGUUCACUGGCAGUCCUACAUUGGAAGACUUCCAGCUGUCUGAUGUCUUUGUUGGUUUCCAUGGGGAUGCCUGUGCCAGUGCUCUUUUGCAGGCCUUAGAGAAAAUGGAGCAACAGAGGGAUCAGGAAUUUGAUCAGCAACAUGGCAAAAGUGGAGAAGGUGAGGCUGGUGAGCACAGUCAAGUAGAAAGCGCUGAUGCAUUGGGUAUGGACGUAGAUAAUGAUGACGAUGAUGUCAAAGUGAAGAUCAUUUUAAUGGAGAAGACUGAGAAUGAUGUUCCCAUGGAGAUUGUAGAUGAUGAAGAUGGAGAACAGGGAUGGACACCUGCCAACAGAGAAGAGGGUGACAUGGAAAUAGAUGCAGACCAAGAUGAUGUUGAGUCAUCAUAUGUGAAAGAUGAAGAGGAGGAGGUUUUUGAAUCAGCUAAGAGUUUCCUGUUAAACUGUGCAACACCUGACUCAGUGCUUAGACUAAAGUACACAGACCUUGACAAUCGAGAGAAAGACAGACUUCAGAAUGUGUUCUUUUGUAAACAGCAUAAUUGCUCUCUCAGAGACUUCAUGGAGAGCCACUUGAACAAGUCAGAAAACCCUGUGAGGUUUAUUGAAGUCACAACAUUUUCCAGUUUGCUUACCAAAUUUGAUGUGCGAGGGUUGGCUCAGGCUCUGGGUGUACAAGCCAAAACUGUCCUCCUGCUGUCCCUUCACCAGUUUGACACAGAAGUCUCCUUUUGCAACAAGAUACGUGGCUUCCUACAAGAUGAUAGUCAGUCUCUCCAUAUCUUGGUUGUUCAGGUGGACAUUGAGGAAUCUCACUGUAGCGACGAGCUCAUUGCAUCUGCAAAGUACUGCACCAUGAACAACCUGAUGACACAAAAUUCAUAUCAGUCCCGUUUCUAUGUGGUCUUCAUCACUAAGCUGUCCCGUAUACAGAGCGGAGGAUCUCACUACAUUGGCUUCCAAGGAGGUGUCUGGCUGUCAGUCCAUAUCGAUGACCUCAGGGACACGGAAGACAUGAGUUUGAACCUGUCUGUUUUCUGUGGAAUGCCCAUAAGCAAGCUUCUCGCCACGGCAAAGUCGGGCAUGGAACCCCGGGUGUCUAUCGAUGAACAGGCAGAGACAGAGACCGCACACUUGCACAGUCUGUCUCUGGUACGGUCCUGUGUCCAGAGAGCAGUCGGCUUGCUGAGAGACCCACGCCACGUGGCCUCCAGGAGCAUGCAGCGUGUGCACACACUACUGGAGCUUCUGGAUGACAGCCCUGGAGAGACAGGAGCUGUUUUCCAGGAGGUGUUGCUGGGCAGGCUGGCUGGUGCCCUGGCAGUGCGGGAGGAGCUGGUCCACAGACCUGGGGAUUGGUUGAACAGGGAGGCCAAAAAACGCCAGGCUCUACAGGAGGGGGGAACUUUAAGGCACACCCUGUGGCGCUGUCUGCAGUCCACCCUGAUUCCUGUCCUGGCCCAUAUGGUGGAGGUUCUGGACCGGUAUGCCAACCUGGACCUAUUGUCCUCCCCUGGGCUCAGCCAGGCUCUCAAACGUCUGUGGUUGGACAUUCUGGGAGACAGACAGAUUCUGGACCUGACACCACCUCACAACUCCAGCGGGUCAGACCAGGAGGUGUUGCUGGAACAUAACCUGCUGUUAGGCGAGAAGGAACGUCAUUGUGCUGUUCCCUUCAGUUGGCUUAUCCGAAAACACUUCCAAAGCCUCUGGGAAGAAUCAGAAUUCAUCCCAGUCGCAACACAUGAAAGCACUCAGCGUGUUGUACAGUUUGUAAGCAUAGCCACCAACAGCAAGCUGGGCAGCCUCAUGGAGAAACUGCCAGAGCAGGAGCGUCUGGAUUUGGGUCACCGGUACCUGCAUGACAUCCUACUGCUUUCCUUCAGGAUCAAGUCUGAGCAUGAGCUGAGGGUGUUCACCAGAGCGAUUUUGGGCUGCGUGUCAGAGCUCCAGGUUUCCAUGACUACCGCCCCGGUCCUGUCCCCUGCCUGGGUCAUGGCUGCAGCCAGACACUAUGCUCCCAGACUGGAGACUCUGGCCCACACCCUCCUGUUGCAGGCCCAGCUGGCUCCGGAGGUCCUGCUGCAGGCCAAACACAUGGAGCCCAAGGAGAUGACUGAGGACAUCUUGGCUCUUGGAAUCUGUGUGGAGAAGUCCAGGCUGCCGACUGUGACCUCACUGACUGAGUGCGAGUUGUAUCUGGGCAGAGUGGAGCUCCUACAGCCUUGCCUGGACAGAGCGUUCAGUCAGAAGUACAGCAACCUCUGCAGCCCAGGCUGUCUUCAGCGCCUGGACACCAUCAGGAACAUUUGGUGUGGGAUGCUUGUAGUAGCAGCAUUCGUCCAGAAGGUGGUGUUUAAGAUGAAACAUGGAGUCCCCAGGCUGGUGGAUGGAGCUCUGAAACACUGCAACCUUCUCCAAAAUCUGGUGCAGGACGGUCCGAAUCUCCGACACAUGGACACACUGCAGCAGCUGAUCCGCAUCCUCAACUCGUAUGAUCAGCAGGGUAUCAGCACAGACCUGCGGUCAGGCAUCCGUUGCCCUGUGUGCCUGUCGGAGCUCAAAGAGCCCUCCAUCCUUCCAUGUAGCCACGUCUUCUGUGUGACAUGCCUCCAGUGUAGCCUUCAGGCUGACAGACACUUCUGUCCUGAGUGUCGGCAAGACCUGCCGCCAGACUUCCAGCCCACUGUGUCGCAGACCAUUAGGUCAGACCUUCAACAGCAUGCAGAGAUACGGGGCUACUGCAACUCCUUCUUCCUGGAGGUGGUGUCUCGUUUCUGCCUGUCUGAGGGGGAGAGCCCCAGAGAAGGGGUUGUGGAACUGCUCUUUUCCCUGCUCAUCUCGUCCCAGGGAAAUGUGUACCGGACUCGAGAGCUAACUCCCUUCCUGGAGUGCGUAGACAACAGUCCUGUUGUCCGCUCUGUGCUUCCAAAACUCCUUCUACAAUACAGUUUUGAGCAGGUUAAAGGUCACAUUCAGAACUACCUAUGGAGCCUGGAGGAGAACAUCUUGGAGAAGGAAGACCGCACUGAGCUCUACCUGCUCUUGGUCAACUGUUUUCAGGACUCCCUACAGUGUACCAGACGUUCGGUGGUGGAAGAGGCUAAAGAGCAGCAGAGGAGACUGCAGGAUGACACGCGGUUCCUGGGUAGGUUAGCCAGGAAACAGACCCCUGGGAGACGGGAAGACCCAGCUGGGUUCCUGCUGAGCAUGGCCCGUCUCAGGCUCUGUCUGGGCACUGCUGCCCGCCUGCUACAAAACGAGUCCCAGACCCAAGGUUCUGCCAGCGGGUCUGGAAACUCCGUUGAGGCUCAGUACCUAUCGCAGGUGAAGGCGGUGUGUCAGUACGGAGGAAACGACUGGUACCGAGUUUUCCUGUUGAGGACGAUCAACCGGCAGGCCGGGAUAGACUGUCUGCUGUCCCUGAUGAACACAGCCUCCCCCUGGGUCUGGGCUUUCCCUCCAGAGGUCCUUCGACUCCAGAGGCUGCUUCCAGCUGAGGUGGACCGGUUCCUGUGCUGUGGACCAUCGUACAAAGCUGUAAGGGAUGGCUUGACCCAGGCCCUGAUACAAGCUCAUAUUGACCCCCUUCAGUCAGCGCUGCAGAGUGUGAGCGGCUCCGAAGCUUCAGCUCAUGUCUUCCUGGCCUUGGCCUUAUUCAGGAAGGUCACCAGUCGCUACGCGUCACCUGAUUCUGGCCUACGACCCACUACACAGGAGAUGAGUCAACUUGAGGACUACCUGAAGAUCAUCUUGUCAGAUAAAUUCAGAGAGUUCUGCUGUAUGCUGUUGUCCAAUCAGAUUGGAGGGGCUGGAUCUCCUCUCCACAUCAGCCAGACUGUCAUAGCUCCACGGCGCCUCCUGCUGGAGCUCCUUGUCCAUGAAGUUGCAGUCCUCCUCAAUGGGAGCACACUACUAGCGCCACUCCUCCAGAUAGCCACCCAGCCACAGACAAUGACAGGCUCCUACUUGCCAACCAUGCCUGAUGAUCACACCACUGAAGCUCACCAGUGGUUAAAAAGGGCUGGAGAGCGUAACCUGAAGAUGUACUUUUGUAUGAACGGCCAUCCAUGUUUUGUUGGUGAGUGUGGGAGACCGGUUGCCGUGUCAAAAUGCCCAGACUGCGGGGUUCCAGUUGGAGGUGUCCAACACAAUCCAGUUGAAGGAUUUACUGAAGCACAACAACGCAUCAUGGAUAACACCAGGAUGGGGCACAUUUUGGGAGGGGCUGGUCAUCGAACUGAAGCCCCAGAGAGGCAGAUGUCACUAGCCCAGUCCUGCGUUCUCAGACUGCUCACCCACCUCGCCAUGCUCCAAGGGGCCAUCAGAAACCACCAGGCUGUGAAUCAGAUGAUACAUCCUGGUGUCAGAGAUGUGCUGGGGUUCCUUUGGCUCCACCUGGAGAAGGACGUGGAGGUCCUGGGAGGAACACUGGACCAGAACCUGGACAACACGGUUGUUACAGUCCAUCUGAUUCUUCAAACCUGUCUGUCGUUCACUGGAGGUUCUCACCACACAAUUCCUGACCUGUCCUCUCGCCGUGGGCGAGAACAGUGGGAGAGACUGGUCUGUGACGAAGUCAUCAACACAGUGUUGAAGGGUCUAAGCAGGAGUUUAACUGAAGCUCAAGACAACAUCGGUGCUGAUGAUAGGCUGGGUGGAAGUCCCUUAAUGAGGCUGCUCCACGCUGACCCCCGACCUCUGCUGCCUCAACUGCCCUCUGCCUCCGACUGCCCCACAAACCACUCCUCCUUCUGGAGCCUGUCUGAGAACCUCACCGUGGAGCGUUUCUUUCAGAGGGUGGACCAGGAGCAGGGAUGCAAGAAUGUACCACUCCUCGCACUCUUCCUCAGGAAGUUGCAGUGUGUGAAGCAGCUGCGUCACCUCCCAGAGCUGGCGGCCUUGCAGUCUGACCUGCUGAUAGUGUGCCCAUUUACAGCUGAUCUGACCAAUCAGAGCAUUGCCCAGGUGUUACAGCAAAUACCCACAGGGGUCCAGAAGAAAGUGCUGCUUGGGAGACUCAAGGUCUUCAUGGAAGUCUGGAACCGUCUUAGGAUGGAGGUGGCCAACAACUCAGCGGAUGUUGGAGUCUCACCACAGCUGUGUGAGAAGGAGCUGACUAUGGAAAGUUCUGGGGAGUUCCUUUCACCCCAGCGUCACGGUCCAGGGUCCUGCCUCCAGAUUCUGGUACACUUCCUGUCAGAGACUCACAACAGCCUGGUCACAGAGGCAAGGAGACUAAGUUACCAUGACAAUAGCGACUUCAAUGUUCCUCUGGAGGAAAUAUCUGAGACGCAGUUGAUCCUGUGCCACCCAGAGAAGGAACUGCUCCCCCUGGUGUUGGCCCACUGUCAUUACACCCUGAGGACCGGCCAGUUGACUGACAGCUUCUACGACCUCCAGGGCAUCCAGGCAGAACUGGCCCGUCGCUUCCUGGCUGGGAAACCACGCAUCCGGGCUGAUAUGUCAAAGUACUUGAACAGACAUCACCAAGACUUCUCUGUGGUCCUGGAUGAGGUCAGAGCAAAGAUACCUCAGGAGGCACUGAAGGGCUCAGUGUGCACCGCCAUGAGAACAGGCCUGCGCUCCUACACUGAUGUGUGCGACGCUGUGUUGGCAGUGGAGAUCGGCCUACGGUUGCUGGGGAAGACAGACGGCGAUUCAGACCUCCCUCUCCUGUCCUAUCUCACUGACUCCCUCAAGAUGGGCCCACAGAUCUCCUGCACAGUAGCAAAGGCCCUUGGACAGAGCAAACUGAUGCACAGCACAUUCACCUGGCAGCUCCUCACCUGCUGGAAGUCUGAGUUUAUGCUGAGCAGAGGGCAGGACCCGUUCCAGAGGCUGCCGUCGGAGUUUCAGCAGAAGUUGUCGGAAGAGGAGAGAAAAGAUAUGAGGGUCUUCUUCACUGGGACAGACCUUGCCACAUUCUCCUUGGAGCUGCAUGAGAUCCUCCUCUUGAAGAUCAACCAGACCUCAUCCAACCAGGCUUAUCUGCCAAAGUGGGACAUCAGAUCCACUCUAGAGAGCCAUCUGGAUCAGAAGAGACUCCCACCACUGCCUGGACUUGACUCUCUAACAGAGAACAUCACUCUGGACAAAGGGGCAGACUUGUGGAGGAUGGCUGUAGAGUUUAAAAAGCGAUAGGAAGAUGAUGCCAGUUUCAAUGCUUUUAAAAUUGUGUUUAUUUCACACUGUGCUGGCCUAUGAACUUGCCUCUAGAGUUUGAUUAUUCUGGAAACACCAUGUUUCUACAAAGAGCAAUUGUCGUUGAUUUAUUUCAUUUGUAAUUAUUAGGCUGUAGCCUUUAAAGUGGAAAUCAGUGGAGUAAUGUCAAAACUUAAUGAACAAUGAAUGUAUACGUUCUAUUCUUUUAGUCCAAUGAUUGUAGUUAAUCCAGAUUGGCCCAUUAAUAUACCUUAGGCUAAUCCAACCUUUGACAGAAAACUUGCAAACUUCAGACCUUGUAGGGUUUGCGCUAAAUACCCAAUCUGUGCUGCCCAGGUUCACCAUGGUAAAUAUUAUAUUGGAGCAACAUUAUUUGUAUAUUGUACCUAGUACAUGCAGAUUUGUUGCCCACAUUAAUAUCUAUUAGUGCUUGUAUUCAUGUUGUACUUUCAAUUUUGGUUUAGAAGAGGUUUAUUAAACAAAUGUUAAAACUA